UUGCUCCUACCGCGCCUGCGCCCUGCUCAGCCGGUAACUCGCCUUGGACAAGCAGAGGACGAGGCCAGCACUCCCGCCACUGUUGCCGCUAAGGUGCAGGCAAAAAUGUGGGUUUUUGGUUACGGGUCCCUGAUCUGGAAGGUGGAUUUCCCAUAUCAGGACAAGCUGAUUGGAUACAUCACAGGCUACAGCAGGCGCUUCUGGCAAGGCAGUACAGACCACCGUGGAGUCCCCGGCAAGCCUGGAAGAGUUGUGACUCUUGUUGAAGACCCUGGGGGUUGUGUAUGGGGUGUUGCUUACAAACUGCCAGUAGGAAAGGAAGAAGAAGUGAAAGCAUACCUUGACUUCAGAGAGAAAGGAGGCUAUAGGACCACGACAGUCACUUUUUACCCAAAGGAUCCCACUGCAAAACCAUUCAGAGUGCUGCUAUAUAUUGGAACAUGUGAUAAUCCUAAUUAUCUUGGUCCUGCACCUCUGGAAGACAUUGCUGAACAAAUUUUUAAUGCAGCUGGUCCAAGUGGAAGAAAUACAGAAUAUCUUUUUGAACUUGCAAAUUCUAUUAGGAAUCUUGUGCCAGAAGAAGCAGAUGAGCAUCUUUUCUCUUUGGAAAAAUUAGUAAAAGAACGUUUAGAAGGAAAACAGAACCUCAAUUGCUUAUAAAGACCUGAUCAUUGAUUUUUCCAAAGUAGAACUUUCAGUCUUCAGAGAAUAGUUUCACUGUGCAAUGACAAUAUGAUUUGGAAACGUAUUUACUUGGAAGAUCUCAUUUAUUUUUAAUGUUGCAGUCAAGAUAUUACAAUUUGUAGUUUAAUUGCAAAUGUCCUGAAACACAUACUUAUUCAAAAUAUUAGGGUAUAGUUAAAGAAAAAAUUCAAGUUUCAAUAAUAUAAUGAUUCCCUAACUACAUGAAAA